AGACAACAUUUUCUAACCUACACACAUCUUUAAAUUACUUGGUUUCUUACUUUCUUACCUUUCAUUCUCUCUACUAUAUUUAGUUGUUGUUAUACGUACACAUCGAUAUAAUAUUUCCACUCAACACAAGCUUUUGGCUUAGUUUUGUUGUAAAAAUGCAACAAGAAAAUAAGAAGGCAUGGCUUGUUCUCACGAUAGCUAUAUGGGUCGUCCUUCAACAGGUUAAUGCAGCUGAUGUAACCUUCAAACUCGAACCAAAACCUACACAGAAUACUUAUAACACCUUUCUGCAAAGUAUACGCAGCCAAACUAAGGAUCCAAGCUUAGUGUAUGAAGGAAUCCCAAUGAUCCGACCACCAACCAACCCAGAUACAUAUCUUUUGGUUGACCUUGAAUCUAAAAAGGAUAAGAAUGAGAUAUUCGUUACACUUGCUUUAAGUAGAAACGACUUGUAUGUAGUGGCCUUUGCUGAUAAAUUUGGAGGCAAAGUUCGCGGCCAUUUCUUUUCCAAUCUUAACAUUGACACCAUUGAUAAGGCAAAGAAAGUUUUUCCAGAAGUUCAGGUUUUCAUAAAUAUAACGUACGGGGAAAGUUACAGUCAAAUCGAAAGCAAUGCUGGUACAAACCGAUUAAGUUUUCCGUUGGGGUUUGAUAACCUUAAAACUUACAUGGAAAAGGUCUAUGGGAUGGAUACUAAGGCCAAAGAUUAUAGCAAAACUGAAGCUCGGUUCCUACUCAUCGCGAUUCAAAUGGUUGCAGAGGCCGCACGUUUCAAGUACAUCCAGGGGAGAGCUAUCGUUACUACAAAUCCUAACAAUUAUAAAAUACUGUCGUUAGAGAACAACUGGGGAGCUAUUUCGAAAGGCAUUCGGAACGCUGUUAAGAAAGUCAUCAAUCCUGCGUUAAUUUUACAAUACCCUAAUGGUACAACAUGGACAGUUACACAAGUGAGUGAUAUAAAAAAUGAUAUGGGACUCCUUAAGUAUGUUAUGUAAUACUAUACUGUGGUGUAUACCCCUCCGAUUUUUUUUUUUUUUUUCAAAUUUAAAUAAUAAAAGGAAUCGGAUUGGAGUGAGCGGUAUUCUAGCUAAGAAACUUCCAAAAAAAUAAGCUCUAUGUAUAAUGACUAAUUAAAGAAUAAUUUCGAUACUCCAAUCGAAAUAAACGCUCAUCUAAGGGACGACUUUAUAGGGGUGGCCUUGCCACAUUUUAUUAUGUAAUCUAUUUUAUUUUUUUGAAUAAAUGGGCUUGGCCCUCGUUUGCAUCAAA